CGAUGACAAGACAAUAAUCCUCCACCAUUUCAUCUCUUCCCGCAAUGUAACACGCCCAAUCUGGAGAUCGAGAUGGUGUACUACUUCCAAAGUAACAUCGUCGACCCGCCGGCCUUCAUCUACGUUGGCAAAGACAAGGUGGAGAAUGAGGAUCUCAUAGCCCACGGCUGGCCGGAAGACGUCUGGUUCCACGUCGACAACCUCUCUUCCGCCCACGUCUACCUCCGUCUCCCCGAUCCCGCCAACGCCCCCUGGACCGCCAUCCCCAAGGACCUCCUCACCGACUGCGCGCAACUCACAAAGGCCAACAGCAUCGAGGGAAACAAAAAGGACAACGUCACCGUCAUCUACACGCCAUGGAGCAAUCUGAAAAAGACGGGCGACAUGGCGACGGGCCAGGUGGGUUUCAAGGACAACAAGCUGGUGAAGAAGGUGCACGUGGAGCAGCGGGAGAAUGGCAUUGUCAACCGCCUGAAUAAGACAAGGGUGGAGAAGUUCCCCGACCUGCGCGCGGAAAAGGCGGACAAAGAGCGAGAGGAGCGGAAGAAGGAGAGGAUGGCUGCGCAGAUUCAGAAGAAGGAAGACGCCAAAGUGGCGCAGGAACGGAUGGAGAUCAAGUGGCAGAAGGCGCACAUGUACGAUGACCUGCACAAUGAUGACAAUAUGCAGGAGUCGAGCAAUCAGGAUCGGGAUGCCAACUGGGAGGAUGAUUUUAUGUAGGUAGGCAUCGAUGCAAGACGAGACAGCCAACAAGGCUCAUUCCAAGCGCGCUUGAUUGCAACUGCACGCCGGCACAAAGACCAACACUGCUGUAGCUCAUACAUACCAUCACCACGCAUGAGACUCGUCGCCCAAACUCCGCGGCCCACAUUUGGUACCGCACAGACCCUUCAACACCUGCUUGCCUUCACUCGGAUCUCACCGGAUUUGUUACGUCUUCUAUACAUAUACUUCGCAACAUAUCUUCCCUG